AUGUCGUGGCUGUUCCCCUCCUGGCCAUGGGCCCCUGUGGCAGAGGAGGCCUCUGAUCCCGGCGGCGCGCCAGAAGAGGCGUCGCAGUUCAGGCGCACGCUCGCGGACCUUGAUUCUAGCGACUCGGAGCACUCCUCGGGCAGCUCAGACUCCUGGGGCAGCUCCAGCAGCUUCGGCACCUCCAGCAGCUCCAGUGGAAGUGGAAGGUACCUCGCCUAUCGAUCCCAAUCCGGCCUGAGCUCUGUUUCGAGACCAUCUGUGGACUCCUUGGCCAUCGUCCCGUUUCGCCCCCCCGGAGCCCUACCGGUCUUCCAGGCGCGGCCUCCCUUGGGCCCGGCCUCGACUGCUCCUGGCCGGAACCAGCUGUACUUCCUCCCGCAGCCGCGGCCGCCCCCGGGCCCGGCCUCGACGGCUCCUGGCAGGACUCAGCUGUACUUUCUCCCGCCUCUCAAGGGCACUGGAAAGGGAGGGGUCCUGAUCAAUCACAAGAUCCUGGCUGAUCGGCUUUCUUCCAUGGCCCUCACUGACCAGUACGAUCUGUUCAUGUUUACCAGAUCCGACUUCUUACACGUGGUCCCCUUCCCGGCAGCUGAUGAUCUGCUGCGGUGUGUCGGCCGCGGAGACGUGCUGACUCAAGCCGGCCAUGAGUUCGGAGGGGUGAACUACAACCUCGCCAUCGCACGAGCCGACACUGCCCUGCGAUACCUCCUGGCGCCAUAUGAGACCAUAGCUGGGAGGUCCUUGCCCAACCGGCAGAAGACCUACAACAUCGAGCUGUUCUGGCGAGUGAUCUUUGGCCAGCGAUCCCUGCGGAACCUGCGAAUGCCGGUCACCUGCUUUGUGACGGCCGAAUCGGUCCAUGACCGGACCUCCUGGCGCAAGAUACUGCAUUCCGAGGAGCACAACGUGACCUUCAAGUAUCAGGUGCAGAUGGAGGAGACUCGCUCACACCCUGUUGCAGAAAUUCGCGUCGCAGCCUGGGAGGGGCCACGCAGCGUCUUCGUCGUGUCUUCCAUCACAGAGCAGGGUGUUGUAGGUUAA